AUGGCCUCUUUAUCAGAUUCUAAGUUAAUUUUUUUAAUAGAAUCAUGUCUUUAUUCUAUCUUAGAAAAAAAUAAGCUUAAGUCAUUAAAUCUUGAGACAUCAUUUGAAGAUGAUAAGAUAAUUUAUGAAACAAUGAAGUUAAUUAAAGAAGAAAUUUAUGGGAUAGAAAUGAGGCAGAAGGAUUUGGAGGAAAAAGGGAAUAUGUCUACAGAGAUAUUAAAAUAUAAAGAAAACUUUUUAAUUAAAUUGCAAGAUUAUUAUAAGAAGUUAGAAGAGUUAUUAGAAUCAGGAGAUUUAAAUGGAUAUGAUCUUAUUAUGGAAUUAAUGAAAGAGCAGAGGGAAUAUAAGGAAAAGAAUAAGUUAGCUGAAACAUCAUCCCUCAAUUCUUUAGAACAUGAAAAAUUUUUUAAAAAUCCUAAAAUACAAAAUACAGAAAUAUUGAAAACACAACAACAAAUUAUAAAGGAGCAAGAUGCAUCAUUAAAUGAUUUGUAUAAUUCUAUAUCAUUACAAAAAGAACUUACAAUUCAAAUGGAAUCGGAGUUAGAAUUACAGGAUGAUUUACUUGGAGAAAUGCAAGUGCUUGUAGAUAAAUCGCAAAUAAAACUUGACAAGUCAGAGAAAAGACUUGAGGGAUUUACAAAGAUAGUCAAGAAUAAUAGUGAGUAUUAA